AGAGAGGCUGCAAAGGCCAGAGGGCUGAGCUGCUCUGCGCUGGGGAGGGGCGAGGUGCCAGAGCGCGGGAGACCUCACGUUGGGCACCAGGCUGCUCCGCGGUAGGUGGGUGAGGCCAGGAGAUUCACAUCAGCAGAUGCCACACUGAGGGUACGGCAUUUAGAUCCCUAGGCUCCAAACAGGCGGUUACUGGGGGCCGAUAACUGGGGAAUUGGGUUUAGCACUUUUCAACGCUUGGAACUGGAUAGCCAAGGCUCCGAGUCCUUUGAGGUCUUGCUCGGGACUACGUUUCCCAGAAGGCUAGGCGGUAAUUGAUAGCUCUGUCAGCCUAUGGACAGAGAAAUAUUCUAGCCAUGGAAACUAAAAAGCCAAUAGCAAGAGGACAGGGGCGGUACUUUCCGGCUGCGAGCUGUCGAAGCCUGAGUCCCACCUGUGUCCCCACAGCCCUGUCACGAAUCCCGGUCGGGUUCUGGGAGGGACCGCCUCGGGGUUGCGGGCCGGGUGCGGCUCGGCGGUGGAGGACUCACUUCCUGCUCCAUCCCCAGCUGGGCCCUGGGGCGGAACUGAUGACCCUUGAUAAUGUGGCUGAGGACUUCAGGGAAGAGUGGGUUACCUGGACACUGCUUAGAGAAUCCUCUUCAGGAAUGCCACCCAGCACAGUUAGAAGAAUGGGCUAUCAAAGGAAUUUCCAGGCCUAGUGUAAUCUCCCAGUUGGAGCAGAAAGAAGAGCCAUGGGUCCUACCACUCCAAAACUUUGAGGCGAGAAAGAUCCUGAGGGAAAGCCACGCAGACUUUGAGCAUCAGGUGGCAAAGCUCAAUCAGGACAUUUCUGAAACAGCAGAACAAUGUGGAACAUCUUCAGAAAGAACCAAUAAAGAUCUUUCUCAUACUCUUAGUUGGAGAGGAAACUGGGAGCGAGGCCUAGAAUUAGAAGGGCAACAUGGAACCCUUCCAGGAGAGGACCAGCUGGAGCCCUUUUCACAGGAGAGGGAUUUAAACAAGCUCCUGGAUGGAUAUGUAGGAGAGAAGCCUAUGUGUGCAGAAUGCGGGAAAAGCUUUAACCAGAGUUCCUAUCUCAUAAGACACCUAAGAACCCACACUGGCGAGAGGCCCUAUACGUGCAUUGAGUGUGGGAAAGGCUUCAAACAGAGCUCAGACCUUGUCACCCAUCGCAGAACACACACAGGAGAGAAGCCCUACCAAUGCAAGGGGUGUGAGAAAAAAUUCAGCGACAGCUCAACACUCAUCAAACAUCAGAGAACCCACACAGGGGAGAAACCCUAUGAGUGCCCAGAGUGUGGGAAGACUUUUGGGCGGAAGCCACACCUCAUAAUGCACCAAAGAACCCACACAGGUGAGAAGCCCUACACGUGCCUGGCAUGUCACAAAAGCUUCAGUCGAAGCUCAAAUUUCAUCACUCACCAGAGGACCCACACAGGGGUGAAGCCUUACAGGUGUAAUGACUGUGGGGAGAGUUUUAGCCAGAGUUCAGAUUUGAUUAAGCACCAACGAACCCACACGGGAGAACGGCCCUUCAAAUGCCCAGAGUGUGGGAAGGGCUUCAGAGAUAGUUCUCAUUUCGUAGCUCACAUGAGUACUCAUUCAGGAGAAAGACCUUUCAGUUGUCCUGACUGCCACAAAAGCUUCAGUCAGAGCUCACAUUUAGUCACGCACCAAAGAACACACACAGGUGAGAGACCUUUUAAGUGUGAAAACUGUGGGAAAGGAUUCACUGACAGCUCCGCCCUCAUUAAGCACCAACGAAUCCACACAGGAGAAAGACCGUACAAAUGUGGGGAGUGUGGGAAGAGCUUCAAUCAGAGCUCCCACUUUAUUACCCAUCAGAGAAUCCACUUAGGAGACAGGCCCUAUCGAUGUCCUGAGUGUGGCAAGACCUUCAAUCAGCGUUCCCAUUUCCUCACACACCAGAGAACGCAUACAGGAGAAAAACCUUUCCACUGUAGUAAAUGUAACAAGAGCUUCCGUCAGAAAGCGCAUCUUUUAUGCCAUCAAAACACCCAUUUGGUUUAGGAAAUAGUCUUUAGUGUUCUGCUACUCCCUUGUGAAUUUUCAUUGCUACUGUCUUCAAGCACCCCAAAUAGAGAAAACCUGGGCAUCAGUGGCUCAAUUUAGGCCCUGAUGUAUCCUCCCUCUUUCUUGUCUAUGUUAUAACAGAGAGGAUAAACUUAAAGGGACCAAACAACGGUCUGAAUACAAAAGGCAUUCCUUCA